CAGGAAGUGACAUGAAGUAUAUUCCAGUUUUACCCGCAUAUGCACAAACUGUUAUAUUUACAAAAACUAACUUUCCAAAUAUAACGGCGAAGUUUUUGUCUAAUCUUACUUUAAUCCGUGUCAUAGGAUUACAUUUUGUCGACACAUUGACCCACAUCGUCGACCCAGAUGCAUUUGUCAAAUUAACUAACUUGUCUACUUUGGAGAUCAGUGGAUCUUAUGAAUUAAAGCCAGACAUGAUUUCUCCAAUCUUGCUGUUAACACCUAGAAUAGAGACUGUUCAGCUGAAAUCCAAUCACUGGGAGACCAUUCCAGGUGACAUGUUUUUAGGAUUACAUAACUCAUCGAUCCAAUCAAUAACACUUAGUAAUAAUGUAAUAGAAAGUAUCAGUGGGACAUAUUUUUCGGAUUUGCGUUUUCUGAAAAGAUUGGAUUUAUCAAACAAUAAACUAUCAGACUUGAAUUUAACAGGAUUAGAAUCUACAUCAAUUUCUUACAUUAACCUGGGGAAUAACCAAUUCCUUGAAAUACCAUCAUUCUGUGGACCAACUGGACAUCCCACGGGUAAAUACAAAACUCUAGACUUCCGGCGGAAUUAUCUUCGGGAUCUAGAUAAAUAUUCAUUUCAAUGUUUGCAAUUUUUACGAACUCUUCUACUUGACAAGACCUCUGUAACAGUUAUCCGAAGCAAUGCAUUUGCAAAGUUACCAAAACUGGAAAAACUCUCACUGACUCAUAUUGGUGAUCAUUUAAGUCUCAUCGAGGGGUUUGCAUUCAACUCUUCGAGUCUCAAAAAGCUAUACUUCAUGCAUAAUCGAUAUAAAUUUGAAAAGGAGCCAGGACUAUAUAGCAAAAUAUUUUCUGAUCUACCAAAUCUCCUGAUGCUUGAGCUAACAGGAAACGUCUUACCAUCAGAUUCCAAAUCUCUAGGAGAACUGUUUACACAUUUGAAUAAAUUACAGAAGCUUAUAUUAGAGGAUACAGCCCUUAAGGCACUACCUCGUAACGUCUUCCAACAGAUGCCUCACUUAAGAUCUCUGGUACUUAUUGGGAAUUACAUAAAUGGCUGGAACGACGAACCGGAAGUGUUUGGAAAUUUAACGUCACUACGAAGUUUAUACCUUGACGGAAAUAACAUAAAACUUAUCAACAAAACGUCUUUUCCCAAAAAGUUUCUGAACUCUUUAGAGAAAUUUUGUAUGACAAAUAACCCAUUUUCAUGCACGUGUGACCUAAAAUGGUUCCUUGACUGGAUAAAAUCUACCAAGCAUACAACAAUCGUCAACUAUCCUCGGAGGUACACAUGUAGGUUUCCUCCAGAAAUGAACAAUGUGUUGUUGAAGGAUUACAACCCUACUUCGGAGAUGUGUUCCAAUUUGGAUUACCCACUCGUCAGAAACAUCUGUAUUGGUAUUUUUGUUCCAUCAGCUAUCAUCCUCAUUGCUUUAUCGAUAGCAUAUAAGUUCCGGUUCCGAUUGAACUACUGGCUGCACAUCCUUGGAAUACGGAGAGUCGGUUACAAAAGGAUUCGCGACGAUGCUGAUUAUCAAUACGACGCUUUCGUUAUCUAUUCAAAUGACGACCGGGAUUUUAUUUUCAAUCAUAUGGUGCCAGAACUAGAAGAAAAAUCUAGAUGUAAACUGUGCAUACAUGAACGAGACUUUGACGUAGGUCAUUUUAUUGUAGACAAUAUCACGACAAACUUUGAACACAGCAAAAACAUCAUUCUUGUUUUAUCCCGUGCCUUUCUAAACAGUGAAUGGUGUAAGUUUGAACUUGCAUUAACACAGUCCAGAACUACGCAGGAGGGCCCAGGAGUUCUGACUGUGAUACUGCUGGAAGAACUGGACACAGUCAUACUUCCGUCCUCUGUACGGGCGAUUCUAGACACUGUCACCUACACCGAAUGGUCAGUAGAGGAAGCCAGACAGAGUAGAGUAUGGGCCAAAGUAUUAACAGCAUUGAACACCCACGUUCAAAAUCCCGUUGAUGAGUAAUCAUAUGUUUGAAAUCAUUUUGCUAUAGAAAAUACAGAUUUUAAAGCUUGUAUUUCUAACUAGCACCUUACUUCGAUCUCUGGAAUGUUCAGAAAAUUACCCAAAAAUACUUUCAUCAAGUGAGUCUUGUACAGUUCUGUACAUACGAUAACGCCUUGAAGAAAACAAAGAACACCAAGAAUUAGCUGCUAAGAACCAAUUCAUUAUACAAGAAAGAGUGGUUCCAUGCGUUACCAUUGGUUGCAGCAACCUCGGUGUCAUCACUCAGUUAACAUUUUAAGAAUGUAAAUUCACUAGAUGGCUGGUGUCGCUAGUGUCUUACCCUCCGAUCUGAUAAACUUGGUUACCAAGGGAAUCUCUGUUUUUAUCGUAAUUGCGCUCCUUUUAUCGAUUUAGAGGUACACUGACGUAGUUUGAUUUAAUGAUAAGUUCUGGGUUUUUUUAUGAUGAUGAUACAGAAAGCUAUAGAACUUUAAAGUAUUUCAUUCAAGAGGUACACAUGAGUCGCUGCUGACGAAAGAAAAUUUUAUAGAAAGCAAACACCUCAUCAUAUAACGCCACAGAUAACCGUACAGAUUUUAAACCUCAGUUAGAAAACGAGCACCCAUAUUUGCAAAUAAUAAAGGAAAACUAUAUAUGCCAGAGUAUACAUCUUAAAUAUAAAAAAGAAGCUAUUUUACCUUUUUCCAUCUAAAUGAUUUCCAUCAUUGAUGUAUAAGAUAUAGCCUUUUUGAAAAGUGAAUCUAUGUAACAGAAAGAGAACUUUGGUAUACUGAAGAUUAUGUACAUUAUCGGUGUUUAUUCAAGUAAUGUUUACAAAGUCUCGGAUCUUAGAAAGCGUGAAAGUAUGUCUUUUUUCUUGUAUGAAUAGAAAAUAUCAGGGCUUUACAUUAUUAAUCACUCUUAAAAUACAUCAUGAUAUCUAUUACAUUAUCUCAUUUGUAACUACAUCUUAAGUUAAACAAUGCAGCAUUCGGAUACUCAGAAUGUACCGCUUGCGUCUUGUUACGGCAACGAAUAAGUGAUGCUAAAGAGUAAAGAGUUUAAUAAAUGUAUUUUACCUACAGUAGAGAUAUAAACAUUUUCCUGUUAGUUAAAAAUGUUUGCGUAAUUGAUUUUAGCAACUCAUUGUGACUUUAUCAAUUUUCAAACAAGGCAUUUCUGGGAACUAAUUAAGUUAUAUCACAACUAUAGAACAUGAUAUCAAUAAAUAUCAUUGAUUUGUACUGGGUAUAAAAGUGGUAUAAUACUGGCAGAGGAGACCUGAAAUCUAAACGCUACAAAAUAGCACAUACAGUCAGUUGACAUGAUACAAUGUAUGCCAUGUAGAAAUAUGCCGGCAUCGAAUUGAUAUUGAAUAAUCUUAAAUAUACCACAAUUAUCACAAAAUACCACGGAGAUAUAUAACAAACGUUAUCUGUCUGUAAAAUCUACAAAGGAAUAUGAUAUUACCAUUCUUUUCUUAUGAUAUAUCAGUUGCAUAUUUUGCUCAUUAAUAAUACGUUUUGAAAUAUUUUAUUCUUGAAAACAUGUGUAUACAAAAACAUGUGUAUACAAAAACAUGUGUAUACAAAAACAUUGAGUGCCUUCGGUUUCUUCUCAUUACCAUCUUACCGGAAUUGUUACUUUGAUGUUAAGAGUUUCUCGUGUCAAUAUUCACUUUGGUUUGAUGCUGUUUUAUUCCAUACCCGGUGUAGGUUAAGUCCUACGUGAGCUUGAUAAAUAUAACUUAUGUGUUCAUUGUGAUAUCCAGUUGAGUCGAGAAGAAGAUUGGUCUGUUUUAAAAGGCAGGGCGAAAGCGGAACUGUGAUUUACUGUACAUUACAGUAUAUCAAAAACAUAUGAAAUAUCAUCUCCAGAUAUGUUUCAUUCCAAUUAGAAUUAUCAUUGGCAUAUAGAUUAUUUUACAGCCAGACGGUGUAUUACGGGCAUAUGGACUAUUCCUUAUAUGAUUGCAUAUACAUUGUAUGAUUGACAAAAAUAAUUCCAUUGAUAUAAUGAAAAGUAUUUGGUGAUGGGGAUAUGGAAAGAUUUUAAACGAAUUAGCUUAGAAAAUAAAGGUUAUUGCUUACUUGAAAUUGAAUAAUAUAUUGUUAACUGCGUCCUCUUUUUAUUGGGCUAAUUCUGAAUUGAUUCGUCUUCUCUAUAUUUGUCUGAUUAGCUCUCUUAUAUUAAGUUCCCCUCUUUGAUUGGGCUAAUCAAUUGGAAAAAGUCGAUAUAUACGUAAUAACCGCCUAAUAUUAUCAGUCCAUCAUUGUAAAGUCCUACUUGGUGUUCAUGUGGUAGCAUUUAGACUGAAUCCAUAUUUUUAUUAUGUUUAUGCUAACUUCAUUGUAUUUGUGUGAAAAUAGAUCAUAAAAACUUAUUGUAGAACUGCCAUGUACAGUAUAUAAGUUCAUCUAUACACAUAUACAUGAAUAAGCCACGGCUCAAAGUGCAUCAAUUCAAUACAAAACUAGAUCUGCUUUGUAGAUAGACUAUAAUGUUAAGUAUACAUGUAUGCUGAUUUGAAUUUAAUAUUAUUGAUGCCUUAGUUACAGGUAGUACUUACAGUAUUCUAACCGACACAUGUUCAUGUCAUCCUGAUGCUGUCAGUAACUUACAUAAUUGAUUAUUUAAAUUCGUUACGUGUUUAUGUUUAUCUAUAAUCCUGAUGCUGUCACGUCAUUCAUAUUAUGUAACUUACAUAAAUGAUUAUUUAAAUUCGUUACGUGUUUAUGUUUAUCUAUAAUCCUGAUGCUGUCACGUCAUUCAUAUUAUGUAACUUACAUAAAUGAUUAUUUAAAUUCGUUACGUGUUUAUGUUUAUCUAUAAUCCUGAUGCUGUCACGUCAUUCAUAUUAUGUAACUUACAUAAAUGAUUAUUUAAAUU